CAGGCUCUGGAGUGUCAGUUGCAUCUCUCUUAUCCACAGACAGAUAGCUUUCUCUAAAGGGAACAUCUUCAGGAUGAACACAGUCAUGGAUGCUAUGCAUGGCUAUGGGGUGAGCAGCACCCAGUACCUGCAGACCCACUACAGAGACGCCCAGAGCUGGUUCCUCUUCGUGUCCUUCGCUGCAGACCUGAGGAACACCUUCUUCGUCUUCUUUCCCAUCUGGUUCCAUCUGAGGGAGUCUGUAGGCAUCAAGCUUAUAUGGGUGGCAGUGGUGGGAGACUGGCUCAACUUGGUGUUUAAAUGGAUCCUGUUUGGAGAACGCCCAUACUGGUGGGUCCACGAGACCCCUUACUACAGCAACACCUCCAUGCCACACAUCGAGCAGUUUCCCAUGACCUGUGAGACGGGACCAGGGAGUCCAUCUGGGCAUGCAAUGGGAGCUGCUGGAGUCUAUUACGCCAUGGUGACGUCUAUCCUCGCCAUCCUGCUGAGCAACAAGAAGACCCUAUCCUCCUCAGCCAUGUACUUGCGAGGCAGCCUGUGGGCGCUGUUCUGGACUGUCCAGAUUUGCGUGUGUCUGUCCAGGGUCUUCAUUGCAGCCCACUUCCCUCAUCAGGUCAUUGCUGGUGUUAUUACAGGUAUGAUCGUGGCUGAAGUCUUCAACAGACAGAAGUGGAUCUACCAGGCCAGUCUGCAGAAAUACUUCAACAUCACUCUGUUCUUGCUCUCGUUCGCUGUGGGCUUGUACGUCCUCCUCAAAGCGAUGGGCGUGGACCUCCUCUGGACUCUGGAAAAGGCCCAAAAAUGGUGUGUCAACCCAGCUUGGGUCCACCUGGACACCACGCCCUUCGCCAGCCUGCUGCGCAACAUGGGCACCCUCUUCGGCCUGGGCUUGGGGCUCCACUCCCCGCUCUACACUGAAAGCAAAAGGAGCGGUAGCGCCCCCUUCAGGAUCGGCUGCAUAGUGAGCACGCUGUUCCUGCUGCACCUCUUCGACUCCAUCAAACCGCCAACCCACACAGCCGCCCUCUUUUACCUGCUCUCUUUCUGCAAGAGCGCCACCGUUCCCCUGGUUACCGUCAGCAUCAUUCCCUACUGCUUAUCUGGAGCCAUGAGCUUACAGAGCAAAAAGCAGCUCUAAAGGUUUAAGAGGACUUGUGGAGGAUGCUGGGUUUCCCAGACCUCGCUCUGCAGGGCUAACCAUGCACAUUUACUUGCCUGCACAUUUUGAUGCUUUCCCUGCUUCGAACACACAGGAAAAACACCAGAAUGUGCAGGCAGCAAGUGGACUCCAGGAGCAGAACUGGAAACCACAGGACAUGAUCACAAACUAUUAGCAGUAUUUCCAGGUGCUUCAAUCUUUAAAUACAUAUAUUUUUAAAACUCACUGUCAAACGAAAACUUGUGUCCAACAACAAAUUCCAUGUAUUCUGUAAGUAUUCUAUUCCGUGCACUUGGAUUUAACACAAGAGGCUUUAUUUCCAAUCCUGAUAGAAGCAGAGCCUU